CACUUGAAUAGCGGGAAACAUGACCUCACUUCUGUUUUUAGAGGUACCAAUACCAAUCUCGUAAGCUAUAUAAAAGAUGAUGGAUCUCAGCCUCACUCAGAACAGAAUUGACACUGACCACUUUGGAAGUGGAGCCACUGGGACUACUCCUCACCACACAGACAGACUAGAUAUGGGACUGAAUAGCGUUGAAAAACUGGUCACUGGUAAGAGGUGUGAGGGGAAGGGGGCAGGCGAGCACCUGUCAGGGGCGUUUUCAAAGAGUCUGUACGAGGCAGCCGUCAACCAGGAGAAACAGGAUGCCCGGAGGUCACACAAAGAGUUCAUCCCAGAGGAGAAUGAGAACAACACUCAGGAGGAGAUCACAGUUGUCAAUCUCAAUACAGACAAAUCAGGCCGGGUGAAGAUCGAGACUGUGGAUGACCUUUUCAACAUCUUGAAACUGAGGAAGAGGAGGAGGGAGAGGAAGGUGCAGAACAAGAAAGAACCUGAGCCAGAGAUCAUUCCCGACACAGUGGAUGAAGACACAUUCCUGAAAGCAGCAAUGGAGAAUAAGUUGCUUGUGAUUGAGAAGUACCUGUCAGUUGGAGGUGACCCCAACGUCAGUGAUCAUUUCCUAAGGACAGCGCUACACAAAGCCUCAUCUAAGGGCCAUGUGGAGGCUGUGAAGAGACUGCUGGAGGCUGGGGCUUCUAUUGAGAAGAAAGAUAGAUUGGACGCCACAGCAGUACACUGGGCCAGCAGGGGAGGCAGCCUGCCUACUCUGGAGCUGCUACUCAACGAAGGAGGGAGGUUCAACUCCAGAGACAAGCUGCGCAGCACUCCUCUCCACGUGGCAGUGAGGACUGGACAUUAUGAAUUAGCUGAGCACCUCAUCCAUUGUGGAGCAGAUGUCAACGCUAAAGACAGAGAUGGAGACACACCCAUGCACGAUGCUGUGAGGAUAAACCGAUUCAAAAUGAUCAGGCUGCUGAUGAUGUAUGGAGCCAGUCUUAAAACUAAGAACAGCGAAGGCAAGUCCCCUAGUGAGAAUCUUCUGGCUUGGCAGAGUGGUGCUAAAAACAUCCUGUGUAACGUCAACAAUGACAAAUCUGUCAAGUAGAGCAAUGACUGAGGUCUUGGGAAAAUCCACCCAAUGACUGAGGUCUUGGGGAAAUCCACCCAAUGACUGAGGUCUUGGGGAAAUCAACCCAAUGACUGAGGUCUUGGGGAAAUCCACCCAAUGGCUGAGGUCUUGGGAAAAUCCACCCAAUGACUGAGGUCUUGGGAAACUCCACCCAAUGACUGAGGUCUUGGGGAAAUCCACCCAAUGACUGAGGUCUUGGGGAAAUCCACCCAAUGACUGAGGUCUUGGGGAAAUCCACCCAAUGGCUGAGGUCUUGGGGAAAUCCACCCAAUGACUGAGGUUUUGGGAUAAUCCACCCAAUGACUGAGGUCUUGGGAAAAUCCACCCAUUCAUUCAGAUGAUCAUUAAUAUGUGAUACUGAUUGAUUUGUUGAAUGCUGAUAUUGCUGGCCAGUAUUAGGGCUGUAGCUUCCAUCCAUUUUGAUUUUGUUUACAGUGCUACAGUAUAUUUAGUUUGAACAUUCAAACGAGUUUUAACCAAAACUAGUUUCUGGUUACAUUCACCUGUUUAAACACACAGAGAGAAGUGAUAACAGUGAGCUGGUAAGGAAAGUUGUUGUUGGUUAAGAGGAUGUUUUGAACAGGAAAUCGUUUGAGUAAUAUUUUUGAUGUUUUUUAGAAGAGAUUCUGGAAUGCAAAGCAUCAAGAGAGCUCACUGAGUUUUGUAUGUAUUGUAAAGUUCA